GUAAAAAUUGUAUGGCGAUGAGUGAGCAUACGCGUUAUGGAUCGGUGAAAUAUCUCACCCCAAAAAUAUAAUAUCAAAAUAUCAUGACUCGCAAUUACAUACCCUUAUAAAGAGUACCAUAUAAGUAUGACCAUGGAUUCUUCACAGGCAGAAGUAGAGUAUCUUGCUUCAGAAAUCUUUCAGAAUGGACGAGUAGUAACCUAUAAGACAUUAUCUCGAGCUCUUAAUAUUCAUAUUAAUCAAUCAAAACUUAGUUUAUCAGAGUUCUAUGAGAAGAAUAAAUCAAAAUUAUUAGCUAAGUUUAUUAUAACAGGAGCCAAUGAUGAUGGUCCAUUGAUUAAAUUGACUGAUAGUGAUGAUCAAUCGCUUAAAACCAAUUUGGAUUUAUUUACAAAUAAAGUUAAUACUAUUCAAAUAUAUAGUGUGUCCAAUAAGGAUACUGUGAUUGAUAAUGAACAAAUAGUUGAUCAUCAAUUAAAGUUCCCCAUUGAUUCCAAUAAACUUGAUAAUUAUUAUCGAAAUGGAAUGAUAAAGGGUCCUGAACUUAAUCCUGUCAAGACUGUAACCAUUAAACAGAAUUAUAAUCCUUCAACUGCAGUGCCUACUAAGAAAGUUUCUGAACUUGACAAGGGUAAAGAGAAAGAGAAAGAGAAAGAGAAAUCUAAGGGUACUGGAUUGACUUCUUCGUAUGUUUCACGUAAAGGGGCUGGAAAAACCUCAUCUACACCAACUACAAAGUCCACUACCCUGUUAUUAUCUAAUUACACCUCAAGAAAAUCCGAGAAUGCUAAAACGACACCUACAAAAAGAUCAGCUGAACCAUCAAUUAGCUAUCAGUAUAAAUCAAGAAAGACAGAAAGUAAGCAGCCAAAGGAAAGAAUUAUUGUUUCCAGUCAUAAUGAAGAAGAUUUUGAUGAUGAAGAACAAGAUGAAAAUGUUCAAGAAGAUACGAAAGAAUCCAAAUCAGAACCUACAAAAACAGGUGCUACUAAUAUUCAAAACUUAUUUGCAGAUGAAGAUUGGAGUGAUUUUGAAGAGGAUGCACCCACUAAAGAUGAGCCUAUAAUUGUCCCUGAAGGUGCUAGUGAUGAAGAUACACAAUCAAAGGAAGUAUCGAGUCAACAAGCCAUAAAUACACAUACAAAUGUAGAGCCUGAUUCUAUAGAAUCUGAAAAAGAUACUAAUACUGAAAAAGAAGAUGUUCCAGAAAUGAUUACUGAGUAUGAUGAAGAUGGUUAUAUUAUUACUAAGAAAAAUACUAAACAACCAUCAAAACCACCAACAAGAACUACAAGUACACUAAAGAGGAAAGCAGGUUCACCAGCAGCACCUGCAUCUUCCAGUAAAAAGUCAGAUAAUAAGUCGAAGAAUCAAAGUAUACUAAAAUUCUUUAAAUAAGUUUCAUAUAUAUAUAUAUAUAUAUAUCUUUCAUUUAAUCUUGAUGUAAUUAUAUAAAUUUAUUAAAUA